AUGUCUUACCCAGACCUAACCACCUUCAAAGCCCUCUCCUUCGACUGCUACGGCACUCUAGUCGACUGGGAAUCCGGUCUCCGUACCGGUCUAGAACCAAUCCUAUCCCGAAUCCCGCCCUCAAGCACCCAAGACCAAACCUUGGACCAGCUCGCCCUGCGUUUCGACACCCUCUCCUCAGAGCUGCAAGUCUCCGAGCCAACCCUCCGCUACGACAUCAACCUCGCGCGCUCCUUCUCGACCCUCGCAGAUGAAGUAGGAGCCCCCGUCACGCCCUCGGAAGCAGAGCACUUCGGCAAGCUCCCGGGCACCUGGCCGGCCUUCCCCGACACCGUCGCCGGGCUGGAGAUCCUGAAGAAGCACUACAAGCUCAUCAUCCUCUCCAACAUCGACCGCGCCAACAUCUCCGGCUCGCAGGAGCGCCUGCGGCCCGUCGAGUUCGACGGCGUGUACAUCGCCCAGGACAUCGGCAGCUACAAGCCCUCGCACCACAACUUCGCGUACCUCUUCGCGCGCGCCGCGGACGAGCUGGGCGUGGACCGGGAGAGGGGGGAGUUGUUGCACGUCGCGAGGAGUCUCACGGCGGAUCAUGUGCCUGCGAAGGAGCUGCGGCUGAGGAGCGUGUGGAUUUCGAGAGGGGGGGAGACGAAGGACGGGGAGGGGGUCGGAGGGGACUAUGAGAAGUUGAAGGGGGAUGUUGCGUUUGAGUGGCGGUUUGAUACGAUUGGGGAUUUUGCUGAGGAGGUUGAUAGGCAGUUUCGCGAGAAGGGUCUGUGA